AUGAAACCUGAUAUGGAUGAUGGAGUGAGUCUUCCAACAUAUGUCGACAUGCUCUGCGCUUUUGUUUGUGCAGACCUAAUCAGCAUCACGGAGUUCUUUGGCGAGUGCACUGCGUUUCAUCCCCAAUCUGAUGGACAAACGGAAGUAUUGAAUCGUUGUCUCGAAACCUACUUGAGGUGUUUUGCGUCGUCGCAGCCAAAAACUUGGGCAAAGUACCUAAAUUGGGCUGAGCUUUGGUAUAACACGAGCUACCAUACGGCAAUUGGCCGCACACCUUUUGAAGUGGUUUAUGGUCGAGAAGCUCCAGUUCUGUUGCGUUUUAAGGAAGGCUCAACAGCUAAUUUUGAACUAGAGACGUCGUUGAAAGAAAGAGAUGCAGUUUUGGCUGAGAUUAAAGCUCAUUUGGUGAUUGCACAGGCACGUAUGAAGGACAAUGCUGAUAAACACAGAAGAGAGUUGGAGUUUGUGGUUGGUGAUAAAGUCUUUUUGAAACUACGACCUUACAGACAACAAUCGGUUACCAAGAGACUUUAUCAGAAGCUGGCAGCUCGAUAUUAUGGCCUCUUUGAAGUGUUGGAGAAGAUUGGUGCUGUAGCUUAUCGUUUGCGGUUACCUGAGUCUUCAAAGAUUCACCCGGUGUUCCAUGUCUCUCAACUCAAACCGGUGCUAGGAUCGAACCAUCAAGUAUCUCCACUGCCUGACUCGUUCGCAUCCAACCCAGCUUUAGUCAUUGAGCCAGAGGAGAUUCUGGAGACUCGCUAUGAUGCCAUAGGUCGUUUGGAGGGUCUGGUGCAGUGGAAAGGCCUUCCGGCUCAUGAACACACUUGGGUGCGAGCAUCUGACUUGAUACAACAAUUCCCAGAACUUGAGGACAAGCUUCUUAUUGGCGAGGGGGGUAUUGUUAGGACGCUCAAUAGGUACGUGAGGAGGAAGAAACGUACGCAAGAAGAGGAAGCUGAGCUGGAAGCAGAGAAUGACGUGGAAGGAAAUUAA